CAAAUUGAUAAGCUAGAGAAAAAAAAAAUAAAUUUAAUGGCAGAUAUAGCAAGUGUUGUGUUCCACUUUGUUCUGGUGCACGGUAUAUGCCAUGGAGCUUGGAGUUGGUACAAGGUGACACCACAACUAGAGGCUGCCGGCCACCGUGUCACCACCUUGGACCUCACCGCCUCUGGCAUAAACAACAAGUCAAUCGAGGAUGUUCGAUCGUUUCAUGACUACAGUAAGCCUUUGCUGGAGAUUUUGGCAUCAAUUCCUAGUGAUGAGAAGGUUAUACUAGUUGGGCACAGCCUAGGAGGUCUGAAUGUGGCUUUAGGCAUGGAUUAUUUCCCUCAUAAGAUCUCUGUUGCCUUGUUUGUGUCAGCCUACAUGCCAGACACCAGACACCAAUCUUCAUACGUUGUGGAGAAGCUGAAUGAGAGGACUGCAGCAGACUCGUGGCAAGACACUCAAUUUGCAAACUACAGCAAUUCUGAUCCACCUCUCGUGUCAUUACUUUUUGGGCCAAAGUUCUUGGCAUCCAGCCUCUAUCAGCUCUCCCCUGUUGAGGACCUUGAAUUGGCAAAGGUUUUGGUAAGACCAGGACCAAGGCUUCAAACGGGUUUUGCGAGGGGGGACAAGUAUUCUAAUCAAGGUUACGGGGCAGUAACAAGGGCGUAUGUAAUAUGCAAUGAAGACAAAGUAAUUCCUGUGGAUUUCCAGCGCUGGAUGAUAAAAAAUUACCCAGCUAAAGAAGUGAGGGAGAUCAAAGGCGCGGAUCAUAUGUGUAUGAAUUCCAAGCCAAAACAACUCUCUCGUCACCUUUUGGAGAUUGCCCAUAAGUAUUCCUAAUGCCUUUGUGAUAUGAUAUCUGUCGGAGCCACGUGUGUGUUGCAUAUGUGGACUAUAGAAAACAUCUAAGCUUAUAAAUAUCAUGUAAGAGUGCACUUGUAAGAUGGGUCUAACCCACCCAAAAUAAAAUAAGAGGGUUUCGGCCCUGGUAUAGUGUGUGAGAAUGAAGUGUUUCAUUUUCCAAUGGAUUCUUAAGUGUUUUAUUUUCCAAUAAUAUUCCACGGAUGUUCUUUUUA